GAAGGGGGGCGGCGUUGGUUCGUCCCGAGUUCAUGAGGGCCGGGGCGGGGCGCGCGCCGUCUCCCGGCAUGCCGCGCGCGCCGUAGGUAGCUCCCGCCGGGACGCGCUGGGAAGGAGGGCGGGAGGGAAAAGGGAGGGAGAAAAAAAGAGUGGGGGGGGGGGUGGAGGGGGGAAGGCGGCCGGUGCCCGAUCCAAGAUGGCGGUGCAGGAAUCGGCCGCCCAGCUCUCAAUGACCCUGAAGGUGCAGGAGUACCCCACUCUCAAGGUGCCGUACGAAACACUGAACAAACGAUUCCGGGCCGCGCAGAAGAACAUUGACCGGGAGACCAGCCACGUCACCAUGGUGGUGGCAGAGCUGGAGAAGACGCUGAGCAGUUGUCCUGCUGUGGACUCAGUCGUCAGCCUCCUGGACGGAGUCGUUGAAAAGCUCAGCGUUCUGAAGCGCAAGGCCGUUGAAUCAAUCCAGGCCGAAGAUGAAAGUGCAAAGCUGUGCAAACGCAGGAUUGAACACCUGAAAGAGCACAGCAGUGACCAGCCAGCUGCUGCGAACAUGUGGAAGAAGAAGCGCAUGGAUCGGAUGAUGGUGGAGCACCUCCUGCGCUGCGGCUACUACAACACAGCUGUAAAGCUGGCGAGGCAAAGCGGCAUCGAGGACUUGGUAAAUAUUGAGAUGUUUUUGACUGCUAAAGAAGUGGAGGAAUCCUUGGAAAGACAAGAGACUAUGACUUGCUUGGCUUGGUGUCAUGACAACAAAUCCAGACUCAGAAAAAUGAAGAGCUGUCUGGAGUUCAGCCUAAGGAUUCAGGAGUUCAUUGAACUCAUUCGACAGAACAAGAGACUGGAUGCUGUGAGACAUGCAAGAAAGCAUUUCAGUCAGGCUGAGGGGAAGUCAGCUGGAUGAGGUUCGACAAAGUGAUGGGAAUGUUGGCCUUUCCUUCAGACACUCACAUCCUCACCCUAUAAGGAUCUCUUGGACCCUGCUCGAUGGAGAAUGCUGAUCCAACAGUUUAGAUAUGAUAACUACAGACUACAUCAGCUGGGAAACAAUUCUGUUUUUACUAUAACACUCCAGGCAGGCCUUUCAGCUAUAAAAACACCACAGUGUUAUAAAGAUGGGAGCUCAAAAACCCCGACUGCCCUGUGUGUAGCAAAUCCCUGAACAAGCUGGCUCAGCCUCUGCCUAUGGCACAUUGCCAACUCCCGACUAGUCUGCAAGAUUUCGGGCGAUGUAAUGAACGAAAAUACCUCCUAUGAUGUUACCAAAUGGAUAUGUCUAUGGAUCAAUUCCCUGCUUUCUAUUCGUCAAGAUGACAAGUAAUUUGCCCAAGAACCAAAGAAGUCUUCAACUUCUCACAAGCUGAGAAAGUCUACAUCAUGUAGGCCCGUAGAACACAGGAUGAAGAGUGCCGCUGGAAUUUUGACACAGUGUAUCUUGGCAUACCCUGUAAAAGGGGGGGGCCUUAAUGUGUGGCAAAGAAGCACAAAACCUGCCACCUUGGGGAGCAGACCUGUCGGUGGCAUUGUUGUUUCUUGCGACCAAAGAUCAAUGAGCAACAAUAACACUCUUAAAAAAGUUUAAAAAAAAAAAAGGAAAGAAAAAAAAAGAAGAGAGGAAUUAUGACUUAAGUUUGUACUUGAAUUAAAAAAACAAACACAAUUUUGAUUGUUAAGGUUUUGUAACAUAAGGUCAAAAAUUGGACUCUUCUCAAAAGUACUUUCAUCUUUUAAAGGAUAACUUUCUUUAAAGAUGGACACUUGCACUGGGGAAAGUUACAACAGAUUUGAAAUUAAAUCCAUUUUUCUUCCCUCUUUUUCACAAUUGUCCAAGACCCUUUUGUUAUCAAAGAUCUCAGUACUACCAACAUGUUCUCCUUUAAGCUCCUCUUUGCCUUCUUUAUGAUCCUCUCGUGAAGUAAUCCUGAACAUGAAUGAUGUAACUUAUUUCCGUGGGAAGAUAAUUUUGAUAUCUUUGACACAAGACUGCUUCUCUGGAGGAUCAACUAGGGACUGGUUUGAAGGAGUAGAAGUCUUUUUCCAACCCAAAUAUUUUAAGGAGGUUGCAUAAGUAUCAAGAGAACUGAGAACAUUUCAGGCAAAAUCCAAUGCUUGUUUAAAUGUUCUUUUUCCAGUCUACCAUAGUGUUAAAGUCCUUCUAAAGUUAUUAGUUUGUGCAUAGGGUUCAAUAUGAAAUCAUUAGUGCUACUGCCUUAUUUCUUGCUUUGAGAAUGUACUCACAUGACAAUGACUGGUAUUCUUAAGUGUGGGCGAAGUUUUGAAGAUGCCUUGCAGGAUGAUUACAUAAUUUUAGGGUCUAAAUAGUAUUCAUUACUGAAACUAAUAGUUCAAUUUUAACACUGCAGAACACAUCCUUACGACUUUUCAAAAGAAUUAAACCAUUGUAGUUUAAACAAAACCAUAUUGUAGAGGUUUGUAUUUAGCGCUUAUUUUUGCAUGUUGAUGUUGAUUAGCUAAUAAAGAUUGUAAAUGUAAACAUGUUAAUAAAA